AUGGGUUCCUGGUGGUUAGGGCUGUGGAGCAUCCUCAGCGCAGUGUUCAGUAUGUUACUGGAUGUCACGCAGUUCUGGAAAGAUAAACUACUGUCAUGGCUACAUUCAAAAUCACCCCGAGAUCGGCUCUUCCAUACGCUCGCCAACGCGCAGAGCUAUGAAGAAUGGGAAGAAGCCGCGUUCGAGCUCGAUGAGCUCCUAAGUAAAGACCUCUGGCGCCAAAACCCAGUUAGUCGGCACUACGACUACAGACUCAUCCUAGGCCGACUAGAAUCACUCAUGGGCGCGCGCGAGUCCGAAGACAUCCCAACCCUAGUAAACCUCCUGCGCUCAGGUCUACUGCGCAACCUAGGAAACAUAACCUCAACAAAGCUCUUCACGCACGCCUACGCAGGCACAAAGCUCCUAAUCGACGAUUACAUUACUCAGGUCGCGCUGUCAAUCCAGUAUGUGGCAUCUGUGCAGCCGGCACCUAUUCAUCCAGGCGGUUUUACCUCACAGGCGAAGCUGGAAUUGCUGCAUGAUACGCGGCAGGCCUUUGGGCGGACGACGCUUCUAUUACAGGGUGGUUCGGCGUUUGGGCUGUGCCAUCUGGGCGUUGUGAAGGCGUUGCAUUUGCAGGGUCUUUUGCCGCGGAUCAUCACUGGUACGGCGGCGGGUGCGAUGAUUGCUGCUCUGGUGGGCAUUCAUUCAGAGGAUGAGUUGCUUCCGUUACUUGAUGGUGCGGGUAUUGAUCUGUCUGCGUUUGAGCGGCGGAAGAAAGGGGGUGAUGGCUCUGUUGAUGGGCAGAGUUGGCUUGGGACGUUUUAUCGGCGAAUGAAGCGGCUUGUGCAGAAGGGAUAUUUGUUUGAUGUUGGGGUUUUGGAGGAGUGUGUUCGUGCCAACGUUGGUGAUCUUACGUUUGAAGAAGCGUAUGCGAGAUCCAAGCGGAUUCUCAACAUAACUGUUGCGACGACGGGGAAGAAUGGCACGCCCAAUUUGCUAAAUUAUUUGACUGCGCCGAAUGUGCUCAUCUGGUCCGCUGCUGUAGCCUCCAACGCCUCCUCAUCAACAGCACUCUACUCACCAGUAACAAUCUACUGCAAAGACGAAACAGGCACAAUAACACCGUGGCCACACACGCAAGACGCAAUAUUCCGACCCUGGCGACACGUCCACUACAAUGAAGGCGAAUCACCACUAUCCCGAAUCUCAGAACUCUUCAAUGUAAACCACUUCAUUGUCUCCCAAGCACGACCCUACCUAGUCCCAUUCCUCCGCUCAGAACUCAACCUCCUAGAUCGCCGCCAAACAGGCUGGAACAACCUCUCCCGCUCAGCAAUGCGCCUAAUAAUCGUCGAACUCCGCCACCGACUCCGCCAACUCGACUACCUAGGCUUCCUACCCGCAUCCUUGAGCAGACUCCUCAUCGACGAAACAAUCCCAGGACCGAACCUGACUCUCGUCCCGGAUUUAUGUUUCUGGGAUCUGAGGAAGUUAUUCCAGAGUCCUACGCGCGAGAGAGUCGCUGAGUGGACGCUUAAGGGUGAGAGGGGUGUUUGGCCUGCUGUUAGUGCACUGAAGGUGAGGGAAGCUGUGGAGAUUGAAUUGGAUAGGGGAUAUCAGCUUGUGAGGCGGCGUAGGCCGAGUGAUGCUUCUUUGUCGGUUUCUGUGCCUAGGCAGACUAAUAUUAUGAACGAGGGUGUUCCGAGGCGGAGGAGGGGAGGGAGUGAGAAUGAGGAGGGGAUUCUUGCUGAUCGGGAGUGA